AUGAUUUACUCUGUUUGGAAUGUCAGGGGCCUGAAUGACCCUGGCAAAGUUGCCUCUGUAAGGAGGUUGCUUCACUCUCAUUCAGUUGAUGUUGUUAGAUUGCUUGAAACAAAAAUCAAGUUGAAAAAUUUUCUCACUUAUCAGAAGAAGUUUGGCUCUUCUUGGCUUUGGUUGUGUAAUUAUGAUCAUUCUCCCAAAGGGAGGAUUUGGCUUGGUUGGAAUGUGGAUAGAGUAACUGUUAAUGUCUUGAAGACUCAUGAACAGUUCAUUCAUUGUACUGUUUCUUCUAAGGAUCUCUCUACUCAGAUUUUUCUCACUGUUGUCUAUGGUCUUCACUCCAUUCAUGAUAGGCUUUCUUUGUGGGAGGGGCUCAGAAGCAUCUCUAUCCAACUUUCUCCGUGGCUUUGUGUUGGUGACUAUAACUCUGUUCUUCAUGCUUCUGAUAAGCUUCAUGGUGCUGAUGUUACUGAUUAUGAGACUAGAGACUUUCAGAAUUUGGUUGAUGAUUUGGACCUUACUGAGCUCAAAAGCAAAGGGUCCUUCUACUCUUGGUCUAAUAAGGCUCAUACUGGCCCUAGAACGCUCUCUAGACUUGAUAGAGCCUUUGGUAAUCAAGCUUGGUUAGCUUCUCAUGGGCAUGUGGAGACUGUUUAUCUCCCUCCAUCUUUAUCUGAUCAUAGUCCUGUUUUGCUGGAUAUUUGCUUUGGCCCUGUUGGGAAAGGUAGACCUUUCCGGUUUCUAAAUUGUAUUGCUGAUCACCCUGAUUUUCUUGAUACUGUUUUGCAGGCUUGGGGCUCUGGUAGUUCUGUUUGGCAGAAGCUCAAUUCUGUGAAGUCUAGUAUCAAAUCUCUUACUAGCAAGCAGUUUGGUAACAUUGAGGGAAAGAUUGAUCAGGCUAAUGAUGAGCUUACUAGAAUUCAAACCUUAAUGGCUCAGAACCCUGAAGAUUUGGAUAUGUAUGCUAAAGGAUCUUAUGCUAUUAAGGUGUUGCUUAAGGAUCCAGAUGCUAUCUCUCAUGAAAUUAUCUCUUUCUAUAAGUCACUUUUAGGGACUCAGGCUUCUUGGCUCCCUACUGUUGACCUUGUUACUAUGCGGAGGGGUAAGCAGCUUAGCUCUGCUUCUCAGAGCUACCUCAUAAGGCCUAUUUCUCAUGCUGAAAUUGAUGCUGGCCUUAAGGGAAUUGAUAACACUAAAGCUCCUGGUAUUGAUGGCUUUAACUCCUUUUUCUUUAAGAGAGUUUGGCAUAUUGUGAAAGAUGAUAUUUAUGCAAGUGUUAUUGAUUUCUUUAAUAAUGGGAUCUUGCCUAGGCAAUGGAAUUUUACAACUAUUACUUUGGUUCCUAAAGUCCUUUCUGCUUCUCAUGUUAAGGAUUUUAGACCUAUAGCCUGUUGUACUGUGGUCUAUAAGCUCAUUUCUAAAAUCAUAACUGCUAGGCUUGCUGCUGUCAUUGGUGAGGUGAUUGAUGAUGCUCAGGCUGGGUUCAUUCCUGGCAAGCACAUUGGUGAUAAUAUUCUUCUUGCAACUGAAUUGAUCAAAGGCUAUGAUCACAAAUUUAUCUCUCCUAGGUGUAUGGUUAAGGUGGAUUUGAAGAAAUCCUAUGAUUCGAUUGAGUGGGGUUUCUUGAUCACUGUCAUGCAGGAGCUAGGUUUUCCUCAGAGGUUUGUUGAUUGGAUCUGGAAUUGUCUUACUUCUGUCUCUUACUCUAUUCUUAUUAAUGGUUUUCCUGCCCCCCCCCCCCCCUUUGAAGCUAAGAAAGGGUUCAGACAAGGUGAUCCUAUGUCUCCCUUUCUCUUUGCUAUUGGUAUGGAAUACCUCUCCAGAUGCCUUGAUGAGCUUAGGUUGUCUCCUGACUUUAACUUUCACCCUAGAUGUGAAAAGUUAAACCUAACUCACAUGAUGUUUGCUGAUGACUUAUUGAUGUUUUCUCGAGCAGAUAGUGUUUCUGUUAAGCUUCUCUUCCAAGCCUUUUCGAAAUUCUCGGGUGCCUCUGGGCUUUCUGCUAAUCUUGAUAAAAUUGAAGUCUACUUUGGAGGAGUCUCUGUUGAUGUUCAGAUUGAGUUGAGGGAGCUUCUUGGUGUUUCUCAAGGAUCCAUUCCUUUUAGGUAUCUUGGGGUCCCUCUCUCUUCAAAGAAGCUUACUAUUGCUCAAUGUAGGCCUUUGGUGGAGAGAGUCACUGCUAGAAUUCAUGGGUGGAUGGCUAAACACCUGUCCUAUGCUGGGAGGCUUCAAUUGAAAAUUCUGAAAGAGAUUGAGGCUAGGUUUAGAUGCUUUCUUUGGACUGGAUCCUCUGCUCCUGCUAAGAAGUCUUUGGUUGCUUGGAAUAAUGUCUGUCUUCCUAAAGUUUGUGGUGGCUGGAAUCUGCUUUCUCUUCCUGAGUGGAAUAAAGCAGCUGUCACUAAGUUACUUUGGGAUAUUGCUCACAAGGCUGAUAAUCUUUGGGUUAAGUGGGUUCAUAUCUACUAUUUCAAGCACAAAGAUUGUUGGACCACUCCUACCCCUGUUAGAUGCUUCUGGUUCUUGAAGAAGAUUUUGAGUUGUAGAGAUGUUGUGAAUGAUCAAGGGGGAUGGAAUGGUUUUGUUCAGGGCAACAAGAUGAAAAUCAAGAAGCUUUAUGCUGCUAUUAGGCCUCAAGUGCCUAAAGUUCCUUGGAAGAGAGUUACUUGCCAUAACUUAGCAACUCCCAAGAGUGUUUUCAUAUUGUGGCUAGCUUUAUGGAAUAGGCUUGUCACUAAGGAUAGGUUGCUUCAAUGGCACAUCUCUUGUGAUCCAAAGUGUUUCCAUUGUCUGAAUGGCAAUGAAAGUGUUCAGCACCUUUUCUUUGAUUAUGAUUUCUCUAGGAAGGUUUGGAGUAAGGUUUUGGGGAUCUUACGUGUUUCCAAGCCUGUUCGGCAGUUUAGUGAUGAGAUUGAUUGGAUGAAGAAAAUCUGCAGAAGUUCUAGAUUGAAGAAUAAAGUGAUCCAGGUGGCCUUCACUGAAACGGUUUAUGGUAUUUGGAUUCAAAGGAAUGCAGUUCUCUUUACUGGUUGUUGCAAAUCAGUUGAUGCCCUUGUUCGGGAUAUUGUCUUUCACUCACUGCUGUCUGCUGGUAGCUCUGCUGGUUUUGUGUUGUUGUGCUCUGCUGUGCUGCUGUGUUGCUGCUGCCUGCUUUCUGUGCUGCUGCACUGCUGGUGUGUUACUGCUAUUGUUGCUGCAGUCUGUUUGCUGUUUGCUGUUGGUGUUGCUGUGUUGCUGUUGCUGUGCCUGCUGCUUGCUGUUGCUGAUGACUUUGAGUGGUGUUUGUUGCUGCUGCUUACUGUGCUUUGCUGCCUGCUGAUUUUGUUUCUGCACGACUGUUUUGGUGCUGUCUUUGUUGCUGCAGCUUGUCUGCUUCUGGCUGUAGUUUUUGGUGACUUUCGGGUGUUUGGCUGUGUUAUUUUCUGGUUUUUGUUGUCUGGUCCUGGUUUCUGGAACCCUUCCUAG